CGAGCGCCCCCUACAUGUCACGUGACUCGACGGUGAAUGAAAUCGGAAAAUAGUCGAGACAGUCCGAUGUGUGUGUAUUUGCUGUAGGAUCUUACUGUGCUUGGUUGGAAGGAUGCCACUGUUUGGGAGAAAACAAGAAACAGAGAAAAAAAAUACAAAAGAUGGGGAUAUACGGCGGAAGUACGAAUUCAAAGAAACACUCGGAACAGGUGCAUUCUCAGAGGUUGUGUUAGGAGAAGACAAAUUAAACAGGGGGAAGUACAUGGCAGUGAAAUGUAUUGACAGGAAAGGUUUACUAGGCAAGGAAGAAGCCCUGGAGAAUGAGAUCUCCGUGUUGAGGAGACUGAACCACCCCAACAUCGUACAGCUUGUGGAUGUGUUUGAUGACAAGACACAUGUCUUCCUGGUCAUGGAACUUGUGACUGGAGGGGAGCUGUUUGACAGGAUCGUUGAGAAGGGAAGUUACACAGAGAAGGAUGCCAGUAACUUGAUAAAGCAGGUCCUGGCUGCAGUUGACUACAUGCACACAAAGGGAGUUGUACAUAGAGACUUGAAGCCGGAGAAUUUGUUAUACUACAGCCAUGAUGAGGAUUCCAAAAUCAUGAUCAGCGACUUUGGGUUGUCGAAGGUGGAGGGUACUGGCAUUAUGGAGACAGCGUGUGGCACACCAGGAUAUGUGGCCCCUGAAGUGCUGGCCCAACAGCCGUAUGGGAAGGAGGUGGACUGCUGGUCUAUAGGAGUCAUAGCCUAUAUAUUGCUCUGUGGUUACCCUCCUUUCUAUGACGAGAGUGAUGCAGAGCUCUUCAAGCAGAUCCUGAAAGCAGAGUACGAGUUUGACUCUCCGUACUGGGAUGAGAUAUCGGAGUCUGCAAAGAACUUCAUUCGACACCUAAUGUGUAAGGAUGUCAAACAACGAUUCACAUGUAAACAGGCAAUGGAUGAUCCAUGGAUUUCUGGUAAUGCUGCCUUGGACAAGGACAUCCAUGCUUCUGUCAGCGCUCAGAUCAAGAAGAACUUUGCCAAGACGAGAUGGAGGCAAGCCUACAAUGCUGCGGCAGUCAUACGGCAGAUGAAGAAGCUGGCCAUGAGCAAGGAUGACGGCAAUCACUGAAUAAAGGGAAACCACUCUGCCAGGCAACUCAUGGAACUAGCAACCAGGGGGCUGGAGGCUCAAGGAUGUCGACACAGGGUUUCUGUUGUGAUUUGGAAUGUUGGACGCCAACUUGCAGAUGAACAGGCACAGGUGGUAACAAGAACACAACAUGCAAGUUGUCAUGACGAUCAGACAAUCAUGUGUCAGUCACACAUGGGCUGUUUGCACUGUCGCACAUAUUCGGCCCUGAUCACAUAGCCUCUGUCAAUAUGAUGUGUUGUAGCUCUGUUAGUGUCACUGAACCUUCACUAGUCUUGUAGAUAACCUAUAUUCCUAGCUAAGAUGCAUAAUUCUGCAUAAUAUUCAUGUACAAAACUUGACAAAGGAUACUUCAUUGCAAAUAGUUCAAUCUUUUUAGAAACAGAAUAAAUAACAUUGCUCAAUUAGUACAUAUUUUUAUUAGAAUGAUACUGAUAAUCAUUUUUCAUCAUGGUCAAUCAUUUCUAUGUACUUAAAACCUCCAUGACAUAUUCUGUCCAGUGUGCAGACCACAUUGGAUGGUAGUAACUGCUAAAUAUGUAAUAAACAGUAAUAUUGUAGAGAUUUUCAUAAUAUUUUAGAUACUUCCUACAUUAGUUUUUCAUAGACAAAUUGUUUGUGUAAAUCUAUUGUGAAUAUAUGCACAGAAAUCACAUGUUUACUUUCUUAUUCACAUGAAUAUUUUAGCUGUUGUAACAAGUUUCAAGGAAGAUACACUGUAAAAAUAUUUUGAUUUUCAGAACUAACUAGAAAAAAAUAUAACAAUUUUCAGUUCAGUUAAUUAGAUUACAUCAUAAGUUGUCAAACUGUGUUUUGAAAUUUGAUUUGGAUGUGACUUUUUAUCAUAGUUCAAAGAAUGGACAAUAACAGAUAAGUAUAUGUUUUCACGAAAAAGAAUGAUGAAGAAUGGUUUUUCCUUGUAUUCAUUGACAUGUUUCUUACAUCUACGAAGGAAAGUAGGCAGAUGUUUCUCAAUAUUUCAUUCAUUUUUUCAGUGUAGUGGCUUCCAUAUUGUGUCAAAGUAAGGUGUUUUAUUUCAUGACAUUUAUAUUGUUGUGUUUUGUGUUCACUCCAUUCUUACUACUUGUGCAUAAUUUUAAAGUGACAUAAUACACUUUCCGUGGUCAUUCCAUGUAAUCAACAGAUAUUAUCAAACUAAUGAAAUCCUUCACUUUUGUAGGUUAUUUUUAAUCUCCUAUGCCAAACAUUAGACAGCUGAAGUAUAUGAUAAAGUGUACAAUUUGUAUGUAUAUACUUUUUGAUACCAUUUUGCUAAAUAUAUAUAUGUUGCCAUAAUGUUGGAAUCAAAUGUUUUUAAUUAUUUUGAAAUCGUACAGUAUAGCAGUUUUAUUAAUGUUUGUUUAUGUGUCCAAAAUUUAAAUCAAAUAUCAAAUGAAUCAAAUAUGAAUCAAUAUUUGUUCCAACCACACAAAUCAACUCUACAGAGGUAGAAAUAUUUGGUUACACCUCAAUCAUGAUAAUACAUGGUGCACUUGCUGCAGCAGAUGGAGCCUUACUAGCGGCUGAAGGGUGACGGAUGGAUGUAGAUGGAGGAGAAACACCUAAGGGGUUUUGGGGGUGGGGUGGGGU